AUGGCAGUCCUAGGUCUUCUGCUCUCACCAUGGUCAUUGGUUGCUGGCUGUGUCGCUGUCGUUGCCUACUACGUCUACCCAUACUUCGCCACUCUUGGCCAUCUUCGCGACAUACCCGCGCCCUUUCCGGCUGCAUUCACCAACCUAUGGCUCCUCUCCGUGUGUCGACGGGGUAAGCGGUUCAGUGUGGUAGAUGAUGUCCACAAGAAGCUAGGUCCGGUCGUACGAAUCCAACCAAAUCACAUCAGCAUUGCCGACGACGAGGCCAUACAGGUCAUCUAUGGCCACGGAAAUGGCUUCUUGAAGUCCGAUUUCUACGAUGCCUUCGUCUCCAUCAAGCGUGGUCUGUUCAACACACGGGAUCGACAUGAGCAUUCACGCAAGCGGAAGAUGAUCUCGAAUACCUUCGCUCCGAAAUCCAUAGGCCAGUUUGAGCCAUAUAUUCACGAAAACCUUGUCACCUUCGCCGAUAGGUGGGACGAGCUGAUCGAGAAGUCACCGCGCGGGGACCGGACUGCCCAUCUCGACUGUCUCCAGUGGUUCAACUAUGUCGCCUUCGACACCAUUGGAGAUCUUGCAUUCGGUGCUCCCUUCGGAAUGUUGAAAGCCGGCGCGGAUAUAGCCGAAGUUCGAACAUCCCUUGAUGCACCGCCGAUUUACGCUUCUGCAGUCGAAAUCCUGAACCGUCGGGGUGAGGUUUCUGCGACGCUCGGCUGCUUGCCGCAGCUGAAGCCAUAUGCUAAAUGGUUGCCCGAUCAAUUCUUCAGCAAGGGCGCCGCUGCGGUGCAAAACCUGGCAGGCAUCGCAAUUGCGCGAGUCAAGGAACGCCUUGCGAACCCGCCAGAUAUCGAUCGUAAGGAUCUUCUGGCGCGGCUGCAAGAGGGUCGCGAUGAGAAGGGAGAGCCCCUAGGCUUUCAGGAGCUUACUGCAGAAGCCCUGACUCAGCUUAUCGCUGGCUCAGAUACGACAUCCAAUACAUCUUGUGCUCUGCUUUACCACGUAGCCAGAACGCCUGGCGUGCUCCAGAAGGUGCAGAAGGAGCUCGAUGCGGCGAUCCCGGACGACAACACCAAAGUUCCUGACUAUGAGGCCAUCAGAAACUUGCCGUACCUGGAGUAUGUCAUCAGCGAGACAUUGCGUAUUCACUCCACAUCGGGCAUUGGACUCCCACGUCAGAUACCGCCAGAGUCACCUGGUGUCACGCUCAACGGGCAUUACUUCCCGCCAAGCACGGUGUUAAGCGUGCCGACAUACACGAUUCAUCACUCAAAGGAGAUCUGGGGCCCCGAUGCCGAUGACUUCCGCCCCGAGCGCUGGGAAGAUGUCACGCCUCGGCAGAAGAACGCCUUCAUACCAUUCAGCUACGGGCCGAGGGCAUGCGUCGGCCGGAACGUGGCAGAAAUGGAGAUGAAGAUGAUAGCAGCCACGUGGAUGCGUCGGUAUGAUGUGUUCUUGAGGCAAGAGGUUAUGGAGACGAGCGAGGGCUUUCUGAGGAAGCCGUUGGCGCUAGAAAUCGGGUUGAUGAGGAGGCAGUGA